GGGCAAAGUGCAUCCAACAUCAGUGAUCAUCUAUGGGAGGUGCAGACUAAUACCUAACCACAUUCAAAGUGUUAUUACUAGGGUCGGGCUUUAUGAACAAGACAGUGACAUAUCAAUCAGCAGCCUUUAAUUUCUGAGUUGCGCGGUGAUCACUGCUGCUGUCCCAGGAUGUUUAAGUUAGUGCUGCUGUUCGUGACCGUGUCAGGCCUCCAAGCUGUCCCAAUCGCAGCCCCUAAGGAUUUGCAGAGGACAGCUUCAACCUACCAGCUCCCUGAUGGCUUUCAACAGGGCACUGAACACUCUGACACCCAUCAACCCAUUCCUGACAGCUUCAGACAAGGUACUGAUCUCUCCAGGAGUGUCCUUGGUGACCUCAACACCGGCCUGGUGCAAGAAAAAGUCAGUGAGAUGGACAGGAGAGAGGCUUUUAACCGCCCCUUUCUUCGGAAUGGAUUUGGAGAAAUGGAGAGAGGACACUGGCUGACAGAUGAGAUCCCUGUUGAUGUUCCAGCCCACAAGAGUGGUGGUGGUUGGGUGCGGGUGGAAGAACCCUCUGCUUCUCAUCUCCCAGAUGGUUUUAGGCAGGGAACCGAACCCAUGAUGUCGCUUCCAGAUGGUUUUAGGCAGGGAACCGAACCCAUGAUGUCGAUCCCAGAUGGUUUUAGGCAGGGAACUGAACCUUUCAUGCGGAUCCCUGAGGGUUUCAGACAAGGAACCGAACCCAUGAUGUCGCUUCCAGAUGGUUUUAGGCAGGGAACUGAACCCUUCAUGCGGAUCCCUGAUGGUUUCAGACAAGGAACCGAACCCAUGAUGUCGCUUCCAGAUGGUUUUAGGCAGGGAACUGAACCCUUCAUGCGGAUCCCUGAUGGUUUCAGACAGGGAACUGAGCCUUUUAUCUCUAUCCAAGAUGGUUUCAGACAGGGAACAGCGCCCAUGUCUGCCUCAGAUAGUCUUAGGCUAGGAGUGGAACCUUUUAUGUCUAUCUCAGCUGGUUUUAGAAAGAGAACAGAACGUAUUGGUAAGGUCCCAGAGGGCUUUAGACAGGGAAACGAACCAUCUUUUCACAUUCCAGAGGUCUUUAGGCAAAGAACCCAAACUUCUCUUCAUAUCUCAGAUAGCUUUAGGCAGGGAACCAAACCCAUGAUGUCGAUCCCAGAUGGUUUUAGACAGGGAACCGAACCCAUGUUGUCGAUCCCAGAUGGUUUUAGACAGGGAACUGAACCCUUCAUGUCUAUUCCAGAUGGUUUUAGACAGGGAACUGAACCCUUCAUGUCUAUUCCAGAUGGUUUUAGACAGGGAACCGAACCCUUCAUGUCUAUUCCAGAUGGUUUUAGACAGGGAACCGAACCUUUCAUGUCGAUCCCAGUUGGUUUCAGACAGGACACUGAACCCAUUCUCACAAUCCCUGAGGGUUUUAGACAGGGAACUAAAACCUCCGCCUCUAGGAUCCAAACACAGAUAGUGGUAUGUAAGGGGGAAGUCAUCAAUGGAAACUGCUAUGAGUUCAACCCCACGCCAAUGGCCUUCGAAGAUGCACAGGUCUUCUGCAGAGCUCUUGCCCCAAAUGCUAAGCUCGCAUCUGUAACCAGUGACGAUCUGCAUUCCCGUCUGGUUUCCCUGGUGACCAAGGGUGGGGAAAACAAGCCUGUGUUGACCUGGCUGGGAGGCAUGGUGAAGAACCAGCAGGCAUCAUGGGUAGAUGGGUCAGAGUGGAGUUACAGCGAAUGGAUGCCAGGACACCCAAACAUUCACACUGACAAACCUGUGUGUUUGGAGAUGUUCAAGAUAGAUGAGAGCUGGUGGACGGCCACUGACUGCGAACUGAAGAGAGCGUCCAUCUGCUCGUACCCAGUCCCUGCGUGAAGACCACAAAGAAACAGAGCAUAAGAAAGUGGCCCUGUUGGUUUGUUUCCUCGUGGCCUUUCUUGCAGACAUUUUUUCCAUUCGUUUGGGAUACUUAACGCGCUGUUUGCUUGUGUCUCC